GUUCAUGUUGUUUAGUCUGCUCACUCACCGACAUGGCUGUUCAUCUCAGCUUUCUUUUCAUCCUCACUGCAGUCACAGGAAUUCACAGUCUAACCACAGUCAGUAAAGUGUCAGUGAAGGCCGGAGUUUCAAUCACCAUCCCAUGUCUCUAUGGCUCACAAUACAGGAACAACGUGAAAUACUUGUGUAAAGGAUAUCGCUGGAGCUUCUGUUCAUAUGCAGUUAAAACAAACCAACCACGUAGUUCAGGAAAGUUUUCAAUCUCUGACGACAAAAACCAGAGAAUCUUCACUGUGACUAUAAAAGAUCUGACGAAUACAGACACUGAUUACUGGUGUAUUGUGGAGAUUAAUGGAGGGGUAGAUGAUGGACAGUAUUUUCACCUGUCAGUCACCACAGAUACACCCAGCCUCUCUGUGGAUCAUCAGGAGAUUACAGGGUUUAUUGGCGAGAGUAUAAACAUCAGUUGUUACUAUAGAAACUCUGGAGAAAGCGAGUGGUGCAGGUUGGGCAUGAACUGUGUGACAGGGUCAUCAGGAUCAAUAGAUGGAACAAGUGUGACCAUCAGUGCGACAGUCCCCAAUGUUUUCACUGUGACUAUGAGUGGACUGAAGACAGAGAGCAGCGGCUGGUAUUACUGUGUUAAAGGAGAAUUACAGAUGCCAGUUCAUGUCACUGUUACUGAGAAACCUACUACCACCACUUCAUCAUCACCCACUCCCAAACCUGACAGUACCACCUCUGAUUCACUUCCCAGUGUUACAGCUGAGCGAAAGGGGAUCAUCAUCCCACUGAGUUUGUUGAUUGUCAUUGUCUUGGUGAUCUUGUUCAUGUGGUUUAUAUUUAAAAAAGUGAACAAACAGACGGAAGCAGAAUCAUCAACCACAGCAACAGCUGAGGAGGAAGUGAAAUACAGUACUAUUAAGCACAAGAGAAAACCAGGCCAGGGGUCAGAUGCUAAUAGUGAUGGGGAAGUGAUGUACAGCUCUGCGGUUAAGCCUGCUGUAAAACAACAAAUGGAAAAAAGGGUUGAAGCAACAGCUGAAGAUGUUACAUAUAGCACAUUGGCUCAAAGCAAGCAAAACCUGUAAAUAUUAAGUCAUAACUAAAUCUAUCUCACAGGUGUGUCAUAUUAUUUUUAGAUGUUGUUGUCAUGGUUUUGUUUGGUUAUAAUGUCAUUUUUUCAUUUUUCAUUUUUAAGUUUUAUACCCUCUUCUUGUUUUUGAUCCUCCUCCGCAUAAUUGAAAAAGGAAAAAAAACAAUGUUUGACAUGACCAUUGACAACACUGCUGUAUUACUUAGUAAGCCUCACAAUGGUAAAUAAUCACAACUUAUACUUUAAGGAUGUUAGUGUGUACUUCAUCUGUGCUUAAACUUAUUUAUUUUUCAAUAUUUGAACUGUCUUCAUAGCCUGCUUUAAUGUGUAUUUGCUCAUAUUGCAUAAUAAGAGAAUACGUCAUUAUUAAAUGUAGUAAAUGAAAAAGACUAGUAGAGUCCUGAAGUGGUGUAAGAAUUGCCUGUCUUCAAAGUGAUGUUAAAGUGUGUCUCCUUUGUCGUUACUGAAAGUUUGCAAAUAGAAAUCACUCAUAAAAAUCUAACUCAUUUUAUUUCUCCUCCUUUGAAAAGCCACCACCUAAUAUAACAUCUACCAUUGUACAUAUAAUAUAGAACUUUCCUGUGAAAAACGAGCACAUAGGUCGUUUGUGCACCAGGUUAUAAUGACCCAUAGUUAUGCUCUGUUAGUGCUGAUUGUUUCUUCUAAAACUUUGUUUCCACUGGACCUUGCAUCUAAGUCUACUGUAAACUUUAUUCUGAAACCACAUUGUAACUGCAUAGAUAUUUAUGUACAUCACCUAACCAACACAGUGUGACUGAUUUAUUUUCCUCCUCACUGAACUCAAAUAUAUAACUUGUGAAUCAUAUCUAAAAGU